AUGUACCAGGCUGUUGCAUUCUUGGCAAUGAUCGUGGGAACCCACACCGCCAGUUUGCGGAUCCAGGAGGACUGCAGCCACUUACCCAGAUGCUGUCCCAGCAAACAACAAGAAUUCCCCGAGGAGUGGCUGAAGUGGAACCCUGCACCUGUGUCUCCCCCAGAGUCUCUGAGUCAUACCCACCACCCAGAAUCCUGCAGGGCCAGCAAGGACGGCCCUCUCAACAGCAGGGCCAUCUCUCCUUGGAGCUAUGAGUUGGACAGGGACUUGAAUCGGGUCCCCCAGGAUCUGUACCAUGCUCGAUGCCUGUGCCCACACUGCGUCAGCCUACAGACAGGAUCCCACAUGGACCCAAUGGGCAACUCAGUACCACUCUACCACAACCAGACGGUCUUCUACCGGCGGCCAUGCCACGGCGAGCAAGGUGCCCACGGCCGUUACUGCUUGGAGCGCAGGCUCUACCGAGUCUCCUUGGCGUGUGUGUGUGUGCGGCCCCGUAUGAUGGCUUAGUCCUGCUUGCCACCUGCCUGAGGCUGAUCCCUUGUUGGGAGAAUGGGCCAGGUGUCCCUUGCCAAAGUGGGGCAGGGUACCUGGAUGUGAAGCCCUUCUAAAGCCCUACCUGAAGCAGCAGGAUCCUAGGACAAGAUGGAGGACUUGGGGAGAAACUCUGACUUUUGCACUUUUUAAAAGCACUUUUGGGAAGGA